GCAGAAAUGGGAAAAAACGGUGAGCGGAAUAGUCGUAGAACAUAAAUUUCUAGGGCUUCCGCAGCGAACUUCUAAAGUUCAGAACAUGCCAACACAAUCCCCUAAUUUAGUCUAGUUGGUGACAUCGUCGGUGGGACAUACAGCAGACCAAAAUCGUAAAAUCGUACAAAACAUGCCAGCAUAACGGUUUGCAUGGGCAUAUUUCAUUGUGUGUGUGUUGUUCGAAAAUAUUUUACCUAAAUGCAUUUUGGUUAAAAAAAAGGUUAUGGAACUAUAUGGUAUUUCGGAGUUUUAAUUCGCUAUAAUUUAUAUUCAUAAGAAAUCGUUAUGUGAAAAUGUUGCGUAAAAUUCAAAAAAUCAUGCAGAUAUAUCCACAAAAAUGCACUAUUACAUAUAUAUUUAUGUAAAGACAAGUGAAUUUUAAAUACACAUUUAAUUAUGUAGAUCGAAAAUAUAUGCUAUAACUAGAAAAUUUGAAAAAAUGUGAACGCGCAGGAGCCUGUAUCUUAAGGUUUCCUUAUAAAAGUGGUUAGACAAUAAUGAAUAUGAAACACAGCUCGUCAAGACACCAAUAAAUCGUUAAAUUCUCUUAUGGAGAAAAGCACAAUGAAGCGAAAACAGAGACGAUACAGAACCACAUUCAACUCAUUGCAGCUGCUAGAGCUAGAGCGCGCCUUCCAGCGUACCCACUACCCGGACGUCUUCUUUCGCGAGGAGCUGGCGGUGCGCAUCGAUCUUACCGAGGCGCGUGUACAAGUUUGGUUUCAGAAUAGGCGUGCCAAGUGGCGGAAGCAGGAGAAAGUCGGUAAUGAUGCGCCGGGUGGCAAUCUGCAAGAGACCGAAGAUGGUCUCGGCGCGCAGACCACGUAUGCGGAUGAAAACGCCAUCGCACAGCUGGACAACUCCUUAGGCACCACCUUGUUACCAGACACACCGCCCCAGUCCGCAAAUUCGUUGGACAAUGAGCCGAAGGCACCCUUCGGCGGCGGCUGUCUAUCACCGUCUCGAAUGUCACCAAAUAUAUUUCUCAAUCUCAAUAUCGAUCAACUGGAACGUGGCGGCGGCGUCUCCAUGGAGUGGUCAACUUAUCCGCCCACGAGUACAAUGUCCAGCAUGUCGCAUACGCUGACGCAAUCGAACACGCCACCUCCCCUAAUUAUUACAAACACCAAUAACAAUAACAGCAAUAUGGCGGAUCCGCAAAGCAGCCAUCUCAAUCACAAUACCAGCCUGAGUAAUCAUGUGAGCCUGCUGAGCGGUGGUCUUAACCCUUCUCUAGAUCUGGACGCAACAACAAAUUCGACUUACGACGAAAUGAAAUUUCUCAAUGUCGAUCAAUUUACAAUUGAUAACUUCAAAGCCGAAUGCAUUCUGAACUUGGAUCAGGCGCUGACAUUGGAUGAUAAGCCGUCACUGGAUCAUCUGAGUCAUGGACUAUCGUUUGAAACCGGCCCGCCGAUGGAUGGCUGUGGUGUGGUCGUACAUCAAACGCUGGAUCAAAUACACCACCAGCAACAUCAGCAACAUCAGCAGCAACAAAACGAUGAUCACAUGCAAAUGUUGCAUCAUCAGCAACAACAACAUGAUGCCCUCCAUCAUAAUCAGCUACACCAAAUGCAACAACAACAUCAUCAUCAUCAUCACCUACAACAUUCCAGUCUAUCACAUCUUAUGCACAGCUCCAGUCAACUGCAUAGCUCCCAGCACCCGAGCGCCUUGAGCUUAGAUUUGCCCUCGUUUAGCUUAUGCGGCGACGACGAUCAGACCAAAUCGCCACCCUCUUUGUUGUCGCUAGACAAGCCACUAUCGCUGAAUAUCAGUGUGGACGGUAUUGGCGAUCUGGUGGAUGAUAAGUUCUAAAAUACGAAGGAAUGUGCUUAGAUUGGAGUAAAGUCAAAACUCUAUCGAGGCUAACCAUGGAAAAUCACAGUUUCGCAGUUGCAUGCAAUUCAUCAAAUCUACAAUAUGGUUAAGGCUUUUUUUGGAAUUAUUCGAUCCGCGAUAAGAUUUCGAAAACUAAAUGCUUUAAUGAAGCUUUGUCUAAGGUUGGCAGGCUCUCAGCUCUAUUUAAAAGACACACAGAAAACUCUCAAACACCAUCUACCUAGUGAGGCUAUCAUUCAUCGAUUAAUAGCAUAUUGUUUACAAGCAAUAUCUAUUACGAUAUGUAUAUUGGGUCUUAACAAUAAGCACUCUCUUCAGCUGCCUCCAAAACGGCAAAAAUGGUUUUCUUCCACUUGUAUAUUCACACCAAGUGCACACAAACCCAAAUACUAUCAUGAGUGCCGACUAGCUCUGUUAUAUUCAACUUACUAAUCCAACAUCCAAAAUACUGUCCAAUCAACAUAUAACGGGUUUUUCAAUAAGAGCCCUACCAAAGCUUUUUUAAAUAAAAC